CAGCAGCAAUCCCAAAGCUACCCACCUGAGAAGGAGUGGGAGCAAUUCAGGAACCAAGGCCACCCUCCAAGUGGCUGGCAGAACCAGAACCCUCCUCCAAAUGGCUGGCAGAACCAGAACCUUCCUCCAAAUGGCUGGCAGAAUCAUAACCAGCCUCAAGGACAAUGGCAGGGUCAAUCAGGACCCUAUGACCCUUUGCAAGACCCUAACGUUUAUAAAGUCAAGCCUCAAAAAGUGAAUAUUACGUUGGCCCCACAAGAGCACUUAAACCCAUCUUAUGGGCAAUACUUAGAGAGAGACAAGGAAAGAAUUAAAAAUGGAGAUUAUCCAAAACCUCCAGAGAUGUUUAAGCACGGAGCACCAUUGGAGCCGGGGCAUAAGAACCCUAAUCAAAGGGCGGGUGGAAGUAGCUUUCCUGGCAGAGGAGGCGCCACUUAUAACAACGCAGCUAAU